UCAGUGUCUGAUGACGAAUUUCCCCACGAAUCAUUAUCACUCAAUUCUGCAAGUGGUUCUAAUUUACUAUCGCUGUUCUCUAGCUGGUCUAAAACCGCUUUUGACCUAAAGGGACGCUUUUUGGACGCCAUGGACAUUUCUCAGUUUCCAGGCAGAAAGAACAGUAAAAAUGCAGGCAGGGCACAGGACAAAGCACUCGGGACAAAAUGUAUGUGAAAUGGUUUGAUACAGUAAUGUUUUACUAUGUGAUUUUAGUGAAUGUCACUUUUUGUCAUUUUCAAAUUUCCCGCCAGUUCCGUCCCCUGUACGUCCCGAUGCUCGCAGGGGACGGAACCCAGAAGACAGAUGCCGGCAUUGGCCGGAGGACAUUGCCGGGGACACUGCAGGAGGGA